AUGGCAAGCCACUUUCCGCGCCUCCCGCCCUCCGGGAUCACGGUGAUUGUCGUGGGAGCCGGCUUUGCCGGACUCGCGGCCGCCAUCGAGUGCGACCGCAAGGGGCAUUCGGUGACACUGUUCGAGAAGGUCGACAACAUCGAGGACAUCAUGCGGAUCGGCGACAUCAUCAGCUUCGACCCCAACGGAUCCAAGGCAUUCGAACGGUGGCCGGGCGUCGUCGACGCAAUGGAGGCCAUCGCACGCCAGACGUCCUGGCUCGACCUGUACCACCACCAAGGCAAAUUCGUAACCCGCCAGUCGUUCGCCCACGAAAAAGUCUGGGGACGACGCAUCAACGGCCACCGCGGCCAGCUGCACAACAUCAUCUACCGCCACGCCGUGGCCCGGGGCAUCGACAUCCGCCUGGGCUGCCGCGUCGAGGACUACUUCGAGACAGACAACCCUCCACAGGCAGGGGUGGUCAUCAACGGAUCACGCAUCUCCGCCGACGUGGUGAUCGCGGCCGAAGGCGUACGCUCUCGGGGGCGCAAGAUUGUGUUGGGCUUCGACGAGAACCCGAAAUCGUCCGGUUACGCGGUCUACCGCGCGUGGUUCCCGGCCGAGCGCAUCCGCGACAACCCCGUGCUCCGGCACCUCGUGAUCAAUGGCGACACGCACCAGGGCUUCAUCGGCCCGGACAUCCAUUUCCUGGCGUCGUCCAUCAAGAACGGGUCCGAGGUCAAUUGGGUCUUUACCCAUGUCGACGACGGCAACAUCGAGGAGAGCUGGCAGUUCCCGGGCAAACCUGAGGAAGCGCUCCGUUACCUUGAAGGCUGGUGCCCCGUCGUCCGGGAGCUCGUCAAGGCCACCCCAGAUGGCCGCCUCAUCGACUACAAGCUCGUCUACCGUGAUCCGCUGCCGACUUUUGUCUCACCCAAGGCGCGUAUCUGUCUCAUUGGGGAUGCGGCGCAUCCCUUUUUGCCGACUUCCAUUCAGGGGGCAAGCCAGUCGAUCGAGGAUGGCGUGGUGUUGGCGACGUGUCUUGAGCUGAGCGGGAGGGAAAACAUCCCGCGGGCGCUGCGGGCGUAUGAGAAGUUGCGUUAUGAGCGGGUGCACCGCGCGCAGGCCAUGGGUCCAAAGACGAGGGAGCGGUGGCACAAGGCGGAUUGGAACCAGGUGUGGCGCAACCCGGAGAUGAUUCAUUUGGUCAGGGAGCCGUGGCUGUUGAACUUUGAUGCUGAGAAGGAUGCAUACGAUCGGUAUGAGGCGGUGGUGGCCGAGAUGGAGAAACCCAGGGCGAGGCUCUGA